AUGUCUCUUGAUCCAUCUAAGCUUCCGGAUCCUCCAAUGCCAUCCUAUGCUUUUACCAUUUACCAUCGCGAUGUAUUUGAAAAGUCAAAGUUCAAGAACUAUGACUCGUUACUUAAAAAUAGGCUUGCUCGAUGUGAGGAUAGAGCAAAUUAUAUAGCUUCAAUUCUUGAGGACAACAACAAUGUCAAAGAAGGUGCAAAUUUUAAAAUCCUCGAAAAGGCUCCAAAAUCAACAAGUGUUUAUUUUGCACAUGGUGAGUAUGUUGCGUCUUUUUUGUUAGGCAGUAGCGAAGUUAAGACUUUAUUGCAAAUAGACACUGGUAGUGAUUUAGUUUGGUGGCAAUGUGGACCAUGUGAGGCAAAUAAGUGUUACAAGCAAGUAGAUCCUUUAUAUUUCCCUACAAAUUCGAAAACAUAUCGAAAAAUCGAUUGUAUCUUACAUGGUUCAAGAUGUUUAGAUGAUGUGGACAAAACUUAUAAAUGUAAUGCUUAUAAUAAUGAGUGUACGUACGAUAUUAGAUUUGUAAGUGGACAAAGAUCUAAGGGUUUUAUGGGAGAUGAUGUUAUUACUUUUGUUUUAGACCAUCGACCCAUUAGGGUUACAUUUGGAUGUGGCAAAGAUCAAAUGGGUCGAGCCAGUUUUAGUGGUUACUAUUCUGGAAUGGUUGGUCUUGGGCGAAGAGUAAAUGUCGGAUCAUAUUCAUUACCAUCACAAUUUGAGGCGGAUUUAAUGUCCAUAUGUCUACCCGGAUUUUUUUCGGGAAAGUCAUCUUCUCUUAGUUUCCAUACCGCCACGUGGCCAAGGACAACAUCGGCAAAAUUAUUACAAAAUUAUAAAUUCCCUUUAUUUUAUUAUGUCAACCUUUAUAAAGUUUUUAUUAACGAUAAGGAAAUUCCGGUCCACCCAUCAUGGUGGACUUUUACAAAAGGUGGUGGUGGUGGGGUUCUUGUGGAUACAGGUACAUUUAUUAGUCGAUUUCCUCAGGAUUUGUAUACCGUAUUCCGUUACAUAUUCAGAAGUGAAAUAAAAGAUAUUCCUCUGGUUGAAAGUCCAUACAAGUCUCUAGACACAUGCGUUAAAGCGGAUCCAAGUGGACGAGAGUUGUACUUUCCUGUUGUGAAGUUGUACUUUGGCGAUGUAAACCCUAAGAACAUGUUGUUAUUGGCAAAAGAACGAGUUAUGAUACACUUUGAUGGAUAUUAUUGUUUGGCUUUCAUGGGGUGGAAUAGAUCUCAUUCAAUAAUAGGAACUAAUCAACUUCAAGGAGCAACUAUUACCAAUUUCCCUCCAGAUUUUUCUUAUGUAUUCCGCGAUACAUUCAGAGAGGAAGUAAAAGAUAUUCCUUUGUAUGAUGCUCCACUUGGAUCAUUUGACACUUGCUAUAUGGUGGAUCCAGGUGUGAAUGGUAACGUGACAAGGCCACACGGAGCACGUGAGAGUAAAAGGGAAAACGGAAAGGUUCCCACAUCAACAAGUAUAGAAUUCGCAAAUGGUGAGUAUGUUGCAUCUUUUAUUCUUGGGACUGAUCAAAUUAAAAGGCUCUUGCUAAUAGACACUGGAAGUGAUUUAACUUGGUGGCAAUGUGGACCAUGUAGACCAAAUAAGUGUUAUGAACAAAAACAUGAACCUUUAUAUGAUUUUACCAAGUCUAAAACAUAUCGAAAACUUGAUUGCCUUGCUCAAAGUACAAGUUGUGUAUACAAGUCCAAGGUUUAUGACUGUAUUCCGUAUGAUAAUACAUGUAUCUAUGAUUACAAAUACGCGGAUGGAUCAAGAACAAGAGGUUGGAUUGCAGACGAAGUGAUUACUUUUGUUUUAGACUCAAAUCCGGUAAAGAUUCUUUUUGGAUGUGGCAGAGAUCAAACGAAUGGAACGGCUUUUAGUGGUGAAUAUUCUGGUAUUGCUGGCCUCGGACGAAGAGUAAAUAUAGGUUCAUAUUCUUUACCAUCACAAUUGAAGGCAGAUAUAAUGGCGUUAUGUCUACCGGAGUUUUACUCCACAAAACCAUCAACACUUAGCUUCCACACAACGCCAUAUAAGAAAAAAACAUCAGCACGACUAAUACCAAAUUACAAAUUACCUACAUUUUAUUUCGUCAACCUUUAUAAAGUUUUAAUUAACGAUAAGGAAGUCCCAUCGUUCCCAUCAUUUUCGCUGAAUAUUGGAAAUGGCAUGACCGGUGGUUGCAUUGUGGAUACAGGAUCAAUUGUUACCAAUUUCCCUGCAGAUUUUUAUGAUGAAUUCCGUGAUACAUUCAGAAAGGAAGCAGGAGAUAUUCCUUUGUAUGAUGCUCCAUAUGGAGAUUUUGACACUUGCUAUAUGGUGGAUCCAGGUGUGGUACCAACUUUCCCCGUUGUUAAGAUGUACUUCGAUCACCAAAACCCGGAAAAUUUGUUAUUACUAGAACAAAAACGAGUCGUGGUGCAUGAGAGGGGGCUAUUCUGUCUCGCAUUUAUUCCAUGGGACCAAAACAUCGCGAUUAUAGGAAGUUAUCAACUUCAAGGUAUAGGAUUAACUUUUGAUACUGCAACAGAUACUUUGUCUUUUGAAUUAGAUGCAUGUAAUUAA